AUGUCGGGAUCUUUACAUCUGAUCGGAGUGAGUUGCUGUGUAGCGUGUCUGUUUGUCAGAUUUGACAAGGUGUACAUCAAACGACUCAUACUCCUCUACCUCGCACCUGUCAGAUCGGGUCUCGCGGAGAUACAGGCAAUCAGUGGUACAGAAAAUGACAUGAAUGUAAUCAGAUCAUAUGACACAACCGAGGUUCUCCAGGAUUUAUCAUUGGUGCUUCUAGUUACUACAUUUGUUUUACUACUUCCGGUUCUAUUCGGUAUUUCCGGUCUAUAUAUCAACAAAUUGUGGCUUAUUGCAAUUUUCAUCGUGAUAACAGGAAUUCUUGUUGUGGCCAAAACCACCCUCAUCAUCACUUCCUCGCUUAGCACGGAUUUAGUUAAGGGGUGGAUAAAAGAUCCUCUGAUGACGUCAUUACAGACCCGAUACAGGGGAGAUCUAGCCAGGGAUUCUAUCUCUGUUACCUGGAAUAUGGUCAUGACAAAGUUUUCUUGUUGUGGUGUAGACAGUGGUAGAGAUUUCAAGUUUUCCCGAUUCAGACGAGAUUUCACACUGAGAGUAUUUAAUCAAACUCUGUUACUAAGCAACUUACAAACACCUAUAGCUUGUUGCAACAGUGCUUCAAGGACUACAAGCUUUGAACCAGGCGCAUGUGCAAAGUAUCCUAUCCAACGAGAGCACACUCAUUAUUUUGAGGGAUGUUUCGAAAAGAUCUGGAACUCUCUUUCCCAGUACUCUGGUGAAAUGAUACUGUCCGCUGUUGGUAUUUGCGCAGUACAGGUGUUACAGGUAAUUCUGGCUUGUGUCUAUGUGGAACUCCUCAAGCGGGAUAGAAAGGACCAGAUACAGCAACAAUCCCGAACGUACAGAAAAGGAAGUGACUUCUUCUUCCCCUCAGUAACAGAAGAGUAAAAUAAAACAUCGAUAACUUCAGGUCAAGGUGUCAAGGUUGUAUUUGCUCUUAUUCUGUGACAGGUGUGCUUUCCUGAGAUACUGUGUGACUGACGCUAUUACCCGAGUUUAUCAGAUAAUAUUUUGUCAUCUUCGCUAGAUAGCAAUAAAACAUACCUUUAAUUAAAAGAAAGUUCAUUAUACAA